GGAAACUUCAGUGCGGUCGUAAUCAACACAUCUGUCGGACAUUUUUUUGCGUUUACGGCACGUUUUAGUGAAGAUUUUUGGUGGAAAUAAGAUGCCUUCCUGUGCAAAAAUAGAGAAGCGUGCCUCAGCUGAGGUGCAGCUUAUGGAUAACACCACCCCCAUACGCCAGGUCAUCGUAGCGGUUGAACAUAAGAUUCGUAAUUUGGAGAAGAGGAAGGGAAAACUGGAAUCGUACCGGGAUCUGCAGAAGUCAGGCAAGGAUCUCACCACGGACCAGAAGAUUGCCGUCUCCAAGUAUGAUGAAGUUACACAGUGUCUGGACUUUGCGAGGGAGCUCUUCAAGCAGGUUCACGCAAUCUCUGCCAUGUGGGAGAAGGAUCAGAAGAAGGUUGUUCGCAAGGAAACUGCUACGCGUAUCCAGAAUGAGGUGACCAAAGUGAAGGAAGUGCUGGUAAUUCAAGACACACUGGAAGGUUUGCGGGAUGAGCAGGCACGCGAGGACUUCCUAACGGGCUCCAAUGGCGCAGCGAAGCUGGAGAAGAAGGAAUUGGAUUUGCUGGAUCAACUGUAUGCCAGUUCGACGGUUAAGCGUGUGCCCGGUUCGAAUAUGGAAGCAUACCUGGCGAGUGCCCAGAAGGCGGCAGAUCAUCUCAUCUCGACGGUGGAUGGCAAGCCAAAGUCCUUCUGUGACACAAACUACGAGCGUGUUCGCAGCAUUCUGCAGGUUGUUCACAAUUCCGGCUAUUUCGACAAACAAUUCGGCACGGGGGAGAAGGUGGAUGAGGCAGCAGCGGUGGGAGUGGGGGAGGAAGUGGUGAAGAAUGGACUUGAGAGUCCACGGGAGGGAGAGCCAAAGGAUGUGGAGGCGGGGAAGGAGCUCGAGAAGACGGCAGAUCCACCGCAGCAGCAACCGCCGGUGCCAACGUUCAUUCCGGAAGUACCGCAUGGUCAAGCUGCUGCUGCUGCUGCUGCUGCUGCCCCAAUUGUGCCCCAGAUGAUGAUCCCACAGCCAAUCACUACCAUUAUCCCGCCGCAAGGAGGUGCCGCGAGUACCGCUGCACCACCACUUGUGGGUAUUGCCGGUGCACCGAGUCCACUCAUGAAUCCCGGACACAUGCGCGCCAUGGAGCAAUCGUAUUUCAAGCAUCAGCAGCAGUAUAUGCAACAAAUGAGGCCCAUUAAUGAAAUUAUCGGCGGUAGUGCGUACUACUUCCUUCAGGAUUCUGAGCUUGAUUCACCCGAUGUGGUAACAUCGGUGGCAGCACCAGUAGCUGCGGCACCACAGCAACCACCUCUGGCUGUUGUAGCGGCAGCAGCGGCACCAACGGCAGCACCACAAAUUCCACCACAGGGUGUCCUCUCGCCGGCAAUCCCAAUUCCUUCGCAAACGUUCACGAAUCAAACCUACUCCACAAUGGUUCCGCCGCAGACUGCAUAUCCUGGCGUUAAGCCAGCUGCCAAUGCACCCAUUACGGUUAAUCCCACACCCGUUCCGGCACCUGAACACCACGCACCUGUGCAUAUUCCUGGCUUCGUGACAGCUCGUCCUAUUGUUCCAACAAGUGUCGUUGCGGCACAAGGAAAUCAGCCGGCUCCUAGUGGUGGAGGAGGAGGAGGAGGAGCCAGUGGUGGUGGUAGUGUGCCGCCGCCUGUUUCACAGUAUGCAUCAGAUAGGAAUCAAAUGAUGGCACAACAACCCGUGGUUGCGAGUGCAGCACAACCAACGCCGGCGAAGGUGCCAGUUGUGGAGAAGAAGGAAGAGCCUCCGGUGCAGGAGGAACCCCUGACAAUUACCCAGUGGACGGCGGAAGAUUCAGCAGCAGUGACGAAGAAGGUGGAGGAGAGUACCAACUGGGCGGAUCAGGUGAAUGAGGCGUCGGCCAAGGAGUGGAGUGGCACGGAUUCCACAAUGGGCGGCGGGGGAGAUAAUCAAUUUGGUGGUUCGUGGCAGCCCGAAGGGACAACGACGUCAUCCACGGGUGGCUACAGUGGGCGUCGCGGUUACUCAUCCGGUGGGCACAUGCGUCGUCGUGGGGGGAUGCACAACAACAGCGGCAUGGGGUACAGAUCGUCACGUGGCGGCAAUGGUGGUGGUUACCAUCAAAAUGGUAGCGGCAGCAACACCAACAGAUCCGGCGGCGGCGGUAGUACCUUCUACCGCAAUAAUGAUCCCAACUACUACCAAAAUCAGAAUGGUGGCACCAGUGGGGGCUACCACAAUGGUGGCGGCAAUGGUGGGAGUUCUUCCUACAAGGGACGCUCAAAUGUGAGACCCUCAGGGGGGCGUGGGGAACGUACUAAUUUCGAUAGACGCGACAAUAGGACUCCCCGUAGCAGUGGUGGCUUCCAAGGGCCAACACGGAGCACAAAUACCGCCGGCCAGAAUGACUAAAUGGCAUUGCGCACGUGAGUAUUCUCUAAUCUCUUCGUGUUCUCAUAAAUAUUAAGUUUUUUUUUGUCUCAACUCCGUGCUUCGUGGAAUCCAAAGGACAGGCGAAGCAUUAAUACCGGGGAGAUAGCCCACCCAGUGGCUAAAGAAGAAGAAAAAUUUUAAAAGAAAAUCUCCUCGAAAAUGGCUUAAAAACAAUCUUGUUUUCUCUGAACUUUGACACCUUUCAAGAAUUCAAAAAAAAAAAAAAACAAUGAAAUUAAUCGAGUAUUAUAAUCCAAUUUUGUUCUCUUUCCAUUCACGCGCGCGUAUUUAAUGAAGAAGAAGAAGAAAAUGAAGUUUAUGAAUUACUAUUAUUAUAAUUAAUUAUAUUGCAGAGAGAGAGAGGAAACUGCUCAUUUCAUUAUUUUGAUUUUUUUUCUCUAAGAUCCUUUUCAAUAUGACUUUUCUGUAAUAAUUUAUAAUAAAGGAUUAGAAAAAUUA